UGAUAGGGUGCCAGCAUCGGACGAACUGCGGGUCAUCACAUCACAGCAAACCUGCCUUGAUUAAAAGGAAUUUGGGAGAAAAUGAAGCUCAACGAACAUACCGCCGUCUCGUCGGCCAGGUUGUUUCUCGUGCCGUAUGAUGCGCACCACGUGCCGACCUAUCACGAGUGGAUGGCUGAUCCGGCCAUACAAGAAGCUACAGCAUCUGAGCCCCUGACCCUCGAGGAGGAAUACGAAAACCAGGUCUCCUGGCGCACGUCAGGCGACAAGCUCACGUUCAUCUUGUGCCUACGGGGCACGCCUGGCGAGGACAACAACAAUGUAGCAAAGGGCGAGGCAGCCAGGGCCGGACAAGUCGACACUCCCGAGAAGAUGAUAGGGGAUAUAAACUUGUUCCUCACGCCCUGGGACGAGGACGAGGUAGACGAAACCGAAACCGGGGAGACCAGCACAGCCCCGUCGUCGUCGUCUUCGUCGUACGUCAACGGCGAGAUUGACAUCAUGAUCGCCUCCGCCGCACACAGGCGGCUCGGCCUAGGUCGGGAAGCCGUGUCCACCCUGCUGAGCUACAUACGGCGGCACGUAGAGGAGAUACUGGGCGAGUAUGCUGCUUUUACCAGCUCAGACUCGGAUUCCACUAACGCCAUACCGGCACCGACGGCGGGUCAGCGAGGAGUACAGCAGCAGCAGCAGAGAAAACAGAAGUUCGUGCUCAGAGACCUGGUCGCCAAGAUCAAUGCCGGGAACGAGGGAAGUAUAGCAUUAUUCAAGAGUCUGGGCUUCCGGCAGAAGGGAGAGGUGAAUUAUUUUGGCGAGUUGCUGCUUGUUUUGGACGACUUCUAUAAGUUACGCGAGGAUAAGGAAAGCGAGAGCGAGGUUUAUGGCGAACUUGUUUGGGAUAGGACGGGCUUGUGAUUAGGCCACAGAGUUGGAUUCACGACAUCAAGAACAAUCACUUGUGUGAAAGGGCACACGUCUUUGUCUCGUCUCUAGUUCGCUUUUGAAACUU